AUGGCUCCAGUUACCCGGGCAUCCACAAAAAGAAAGCAGGAAGAAAGCUGCCGCACACAGAAGACCAACACAGUUCCAAGAGUGGACAGCCGUGGGUUUGAACGACUUCUUGAGGAAAAAGGGGUUUUUGUCAAUGCCCGCGCAGGUAAACCGUUCGUGCAUCAGGAGAGUAUCGAUCUAUGCAACAACCUGUUGAAGGGCGAUUACCCUAACCCGGUGCGGACGCAUCUCCCAGUCGACAAAUUCCAAGUCAUGAUGGACCAUAUACGGGGCCGCAACAAGAGGCGCAUCUUCCGGGAUGUCACCCCCUUCCUCGUGCCUUCGCCAGAUACACUCUUUUUCUGUGGUGAAGAAAAAUUGCGAGACGCCGCAGAAGCGACAAGGGUUUAUUGGGGACAAUAUGACCAAAUGGCAGGUCCAAAACCGAGACCGGAUAUGACCAUCGGCCUAGCGAAAACCGCCUUCACUGCCGCGGAGAUUAAGAAGUUACGGUUCCUUACCUCCCAUGAGACACCGACACUUUUUGCGGGCACCAUCUACUUUCCGUUUCUCAUCUGCAAAGUCAGGAGAAAUGAAACAGCAUUGGUCCGAGCUCUACGACAGAGCACAAGAGCCAGUGCCAUAGCCGUCACCGCUAUCGUUCAGCUGCACCGCCGGGUCUUGGGGAACGACGAAGCUGAAAAGCUCAGCGGCAAGAUCCUGGUCUUCUCGGUUUCUCACACAUACCAUCACGUCACGAUACGCGGACACUUUCCUGUCGUUAAAGGAACUGAUACUAAGAUCUAUUGCUAUAACGUCUUCCAUCUAACCCUGGAGGAAAAUCCUGUGACUGACGCCCGAAAGCUGACGUAUAACUUUGUACGAAAGAUAUACGACGAUUUCUAUCCCAAACAUCUGAAGAGCAUCACAGACGUUCUUGGAAAGAUGAAGGCUAUUGAAACGAUGUCGAUUGCGUCGGAUAUCAGUGGCGACUUGGAUCAGUCAGAAGAGUCACAGCCUGCGCACUCGUCGAGCCUGUCGAGCACGUCGAACCUGUCCAGCUCGUCGUACCUGUCGAGCCCGUCGAACCCGUCAAGUCCGUCGAAUCCGUCAAGCCCGUCGAAUCCGUCAAGCUCGUGGAACCCGCCAAAGGCAAACACUACACCAAAGUCCGAUGGUCCAGCCAGAAAGAAACAAAAGAGAGCACCGGCUGCCGAAGAGGAGCAAACUCAGGCACCGAGGGGUGAGGUAGUUAAGUGGGAACAGAGCGUCAUGGACGCGGUCCAGGAGCUCAAGGAGAUGAUUAUGAAGACAACGACGUGCCAGAAGCAGGGCUGA